UAGCCAAAUUUUGCAAUCUACAGUAUUAGUACUACCUGAAUUAAAGGAACAUCGUCAUGAAAAAUUUCAACUAGAGAAAUUAUGAGACCACGUUACAAAUGGUUCUAAAUUUGGACACAAAUGUCAUUUCACCUCCAAUAAAUUGCCUAUAUAUAUUGGUACAUUUGGUUGAUAAUCAAAUACUAUAGUAGAUAAACCAUGAAAACUUCAUGUUCUCUUUGCAUCCUCUUCGCCUCCGUUCUCCUCCACCUCUGCCUUGUCCCCGCCCCCGCCACCGCCCUCCUUGACCCUACCACGGUGUCAUCUUCUGACAUCGUCCUCGAUGACACGGACUAUAUACGCUCGAGUUGUAAGACCACUUUGUAUCCGGAUACCUGCUACCACUCACUAAAUCACUUCGCAACCGCGGUACAACAAGACCCCGGUCGCCUAGCUCGCGUAGCUAUUGGAGUAAGCCUAGCCAAAGCUAAGCGCAUGUCAGCUUUCGUUUCCAACCUAUCACGCGAAGCUGACUAUGGAGCACAGCCACGAGCUGUGGCUGCGCUGCACGACUGCUUCUCCGUCUUUGGAGACGCAGUCGACCAAAUACGCGACUCACUGAGUCAAAUGCGUAGGCUUGGGGGUUCGAGUGAGUCGUUGAGGUUUCAAAUGAGUAAUGUCCAGACAUGGAUGAGUGCAGCGUUGAGCAAUGAAGACACUUGCACUGAUGGAUUCGAGGAUGUGAGUGAUGAUGAACCUUUGAAAUCGGAAGUUUGUGAUCGUGCAGGGAAGGUCAAGGAGGUCACCAGUAAUGCUUUGGCUUUUAUAAACAGUUUUGCCAAUAACAUAUGAAUGCUUUGGCUUGAGUCUGAUAUAUAGACUCCUACUGACCAUGUUAAUUGUUGACAAGUUUUGGAUGCAUCCAUCAUAUAUCUGUUUAUCUAUGCUAGUGUCUCCGUUUUAGUUUGUUUGUCUGAUUUUGAUUUGAUACAGAGUUUUAAGAAAGCAAAUUGUAUUGAUAUAUUUUGGUAGGAACAAGUUCUUUGUUGUAGCAA